UGGACAACAGAGGAUCUACUUCUCUGCAUGUAAAAAAAAAAAAAAGGAGCAGGAGAGGGAGAGAGAUGAUAAGAGUGGGAGGAAUACUGAGACGAGAGGGGAGAGUGAACAGAUGAAGCAGUGUGAAUGAAUCGCACUCUGUAUGUGCAGGAGAGCAGCUUAGAAGGAGAGGGGCAUGCCACCUGCACCUUUGAGGCAGCCAGGAUUCCAGCUGCCCUGCAUACAGACAUGCGGAGGAGGCGAGAGGGGAUCCUCCUAGCUGAUUGUUUUAGGAAUUUCCUCUGUUUGGGACAGCAGCUGGCAUGGCCGAUCUUCCUGAAGGCUGGUGGGCAGAGUGUUCCCGUGAAUCAUAACUCUGACUAAAACCAACAAAGUGCUUCUUCUCGGUCUCUGCACGCAGUGAUUUUUGUGACAAUGGAACAGUUGUGUCUUUUUGGAUGGAUUAAUGCUACAAAUUAAAUAUUAGGGUAAACCUUUCCAUCUGCAAUUUCCACCCCUCCCUUUCCCCUGCCCCGUGAUCUUGUGCACCCACCUGCGCCAUGAGGCGAUCAAGCACUGAUGAAUCCACUUACCAUCGCAGUCCGUCCCUGGACAGUAAGGACUACUCUCUGCCCCAGGGGGGUGCUUUCCGGCGCUACAGCAGCCUUUACGGGGGGCAGUUUGGGGCAACAGCGGGAGGCUCAUUUUUUGGGUUCCACACGAAUCCGGGUCCAAAAGCUACAAAAUCAAAGUACACGUCCCCGAAAGGCAAUAAAUACGUGGUUUUUUACUUGGAUCUCUCAUUCAUUUUCCUCCUAGAGCUGAAGAGGUGCAGGAUGGCACAGAACUGCCUGCAGUGUAUGAAAUAUCUCAUGUUCGUCUUCAACCUCCUCUUCUGGCUGGGAGGUUGCGGGAUACUGGGAGUUGGUAUUUGGCUAGCGGUAACCCAGGGCAACUUUGCCACGCUCUCUUCCUCCUUCCCAUCACUGUCAGCUGCCAACCUGCUGAUUGCUACUGGGACUGUGGUCAUGAUUGUUGGCUUCCUGGGCUGCAUCGGGGCCAUCAAAGAGAACAAAUACUUUCUGCUGAGUUUCUUUGUUGUUCUGCUCAUCAUAUUUCUCCUGGAGCUGAUUGUGGUCACCCUUUUCUUUGUCUACACCGACAAGAUUGACAGAUACGCCCAGCAAGAUCUGAAGAAGGGUCUCCAUUUGUAUGGAACAGAAGGCAACAUUGGGCUCACAAAUGCAUGGAGCAUCAUUCAGACAGAUUUCCGAUGCUGUGGGGUUUCGAACUACACAGAUUGGUUUGAAGUGUACAACACAACUCGUGUUCCAGAUUCCUGCUGUUUGGAAUUUAGUGAAAACUGUGGCCUCCAUUCUCCAGGCACCUGGUGGAAAGCGCCAUGUUACGAGACAGUGAAAAUUUGGUUACACGAAAAUCUUGUGGCAGUCGGGAUUUUUGGACUCUGCACAGCUUUGGUUCAGAUCCUGGGACUGACAUUUUCAAUGACCAUGUACUGCCAAAUGGCAAAAACUGACACAUACUACGCCUGAAGCUCCCAGUCACCUGCGCACUCAUUACAGAUGUGCAUGCAGGAGGAGUCCACACGACUUUGAUGCCCAAUCUUCCUGAUCUUUCUUGCCUCCUCCUCAAUUUCCAGCGCAGAUUGUCUCCCAGAUGUAGGGACCCUCUCGGAAGCCAUGGCUUUUCCAAGGAUUGGAUAUUGGGUAUGACGUUGACCACAUUGAUAAAAUCAUACCAGGAACUAAACAAUGGAAGAACGAAAGCUUAUGUCAGAGAGUGAUGCUACAUCAUUUACGAAAGCAAGGGUCAACAUUAAGAGAUAUGACUAAAAACCACAAGUACUAUUUGGAUCUUGUUUCACGCUGAAUGGCAUAUCACUGUUAUGCUCUUGCUGACUUGACCGGUCCUAUUAUACCUGGCCUAUUACAGAAAGUCUCUACCAGUCGCAAACGUACAGAUAUGAGGGAAGGGAAAUAUUGGAAUAUAUAAAGUGGUACUAAGACAUUUAUUACCACCAGACACAGUAAAAAAAAAAAAAAUCAUACUUAAUGUGUUUUUGGUGAUACAUAGCCAUCUUAUUUUUUACAUCUUUAUUUUUAAAGCGGUUGAAAUAUUGCAAACUUUGGUGGGUAAAUUUACAUGGACUAUAUGCAAUUCAGUAAUUCAGUUCAAUUGGAUAAAUGAGCCUACAAUCUGGGACUGUCCGAUUUCCUUUUAAAAAAACAUUCCUACAAUUCUCACUUUCCAAAGUGAACCCUUUCCUCUGCCACGAGGUCCCGGAAUUCUUAUUUCAUAUUGGCAACUCGUCUGCUCUACAACCGUGAUGGAGGGUUAGGGGGUUUCUCACCUUUACAGUGAGUUGGUUUCAAGAGGAUCUGUGUUUUGUUGCUUUAUUCAUAACCAGCAAUGUUAUUUGAUAUAUGAUAAGAUAAUCGGUCAAGCCAUGUGGUUUAAUUAAACAACCAAUAUAUUAGACACAAAUUAAGAACAUUGUACAGAUUCAGUUAUACUAAAAGAAACAGGUUUUUGAAUCUGUGAAAUUGACUAUUUGGUAUUGCAGGUCUGUGUUCUCCUCAACUAUCCAGCCUCUACCAGCGAUUUUGAGGACUUUAAUACCACCUCAGUGUGUUUAAAUUGGUGCAGCAUCUAAUAUUACACUGGGCUUGCUGUCUUUAUGUGUCCAAGGCUUGAUUUCGGAAUACAAUAUUAUAUUUUCACCAUCAAUUUCUAAGAGAGGUCAGACUUUCACGGUGCCCAGUAUAAAAGAAAAAAAACAUCCAAUCCAAUGUGUAUUGGGAUAUGUAGGAGCACAAUGGCAGGAGUAACUGUAAAAAAUAAUUGCACAACAAACUUAAUUGUCAAGUCUCAAUACUUUUUUUUUUUUUUUUACUGCCGCCUCAAACGCACCCAGCAGAAAGAAAUGUUGGAGUAUAAAAAAAAAAUAUAUACAAAAAUGAUUUUAUAACAAAAAUGACAGUUCUGUACAGACACGAAACGGUAGAAGAGAACAUUUCUUAGAUAACGGAGAUAUUUGUCAACAUCUCUCAAGCUCUGCCAUGUUGUGUCCUUGUUUAUAGCCUUUUCCUUCCACCAAGACACAGAUUGGGUUAUUUGUUAAAGUGUCAAUAAUUCAAAGUGAAUUUCAAAUUAUAAGCCAAAACAGCCGACUUGGGGGGGGAAGGACAUUUCUCCAAGUUGGCUGUAUUUCAAUUCAGCUUUUUUGACCUAAACUUUGACCAUUCACUUUGAAUUCCUGACAAUUCACACUUUAUUGAAGAACCCUGAGAAGUCUCUUCUUCAAUUACUCAAUUAGGUUUCUCGGAGAAACCGUAAACCGAGAUCUUUUAUUGCCCACAAGCAUCGGAACUAGGAUUUUGCACCUUAGUUUUGGUAUGAUUGACAAUGAUUCUGUUUGUAUAGAAACACAUGAAAACACAGUGUUCUUACCCCUUAAUUUCUGGCAGGGUAAAAUUGUACAGCUGAUAUUCAUUGAAGUGGAGAUCUAAAGUUUUAUUUUGCGUUCUUUGCCUAAAUUCUGUGAGCAAUGAUUAACUUUUCUGCUAAGGAAAUGAAAUCUCUGCAGGGUUUCCUGCUCGUACACGCAGUCCCUAUUUACGCUGUAUAUACAUAAUUUAUGCAAGAGGUAUAGUGAAGAAUUUGUUCUAAUAAAAAUGUUUAACAGAA